GCUAAACCAAUAUGUACAAAUUUAUGAAAGAGCGAAAGAGAGUUAUAUAGCUAUGGUCCUACUUGGUGCUACAAAUGCUUCAAAGCGUUUGAUCGAUCAAUCAGAAUAAAAAAAAUUUUAAUUGUUAGAAGAUUUUUGGACUGGAAUUUAUCUUUUUAUACUGACGUUCGACGUUUAUUUUUAGCAUUAUAAUAUAGAUUACAUUAUCAAAGUUGAUGCAGAAUAAUGAAAUUUAAAUUUAAUAGUCAUUUUUAAUCACGUGUUUUAUUUUGAUGAUCGUCGACAUGAAAAAACACUUUAGUGUCGAUCCACAAUAGAUGAGUUAAGCUUUAAAAAGCAAGAAAUUGGCCAAUUAUAAUCGAAUAUGAAAAGAAUACUCGACUAUGAUUAGUCAAUUUCUUACAGUUUAAAGAUUAUACUUAUUGUGGACCGACACUAAGGAACGAGUCUCGUUAUUUAUCGGUUUAGUCUUAUAAAAACAAUAAUGGCGUAUUCGGUGAACAUUUCCAUAGAAGCACCGAUUGAGAAUCAGAUACAGGAGAUUACUUACGAUGGUCAAGAAAUUUAUCAAGCACCCCUCACAUUAUCGGAAAAUUUGGCGAAAAUUGCUCAAAAAAUUGACUUUAGUAAAACAAAUGGUGAGGAAAUAAAAAAGGAACAAGUAGAAGGCAAUGAAAAGAAUGAAGAAGAUGCGAAAGAUGCUACUUCGUUUCAGUCUUCUUUGUGGCCGUGGGAUAGCGUUAGAAAUAAAUUAAGGAAUGCUCUGACAGAAGUUUGUGUAUUGGCUGAUGUACUUGCUAUAGCAAAAAAAAAUUAUAUGGUAUUAGAUCCAGUACCUCAGGAACCAGUUGAAAUAAAACCUAUGAUACAGGUAUAUGCUAGAAAAAAGGCAUUAGCAGGAGCAGCAUCAGUUCUCAUGAUGGGUGCUGAAAGACUACGAAAUUGUCAAGCUGAAUUAGCUAGAACUAGAUCUACUCCUGAUUUCCACAUUGAGUUAUUAAGAUUACGGCAAAAUUGGCGUUUGAAGAAAGUAUCAAACUCCAUCAUUGGUGAUCUCAGCUAUCGAACUGCUGGAUCCAAGUAUACUCAAACUGGCAUGUUUGAAGUUACUAAAGCAGAAGAAGAAGAGAAAAGCAAUAGUAGUCCACCAGCAUCUCCUAAUACUGGUAGUAAUAUUUCAGGGCAAUCUCACACUUCUUCAAAUUCAAAAGCGUCUGCUUUGCGUGUGACUAUACCCAGUGAGUUACAAGGCGUCGCAUAUAUCGAAGUACUAUGUCAGAAAGAUCAAGAAGAUUUGUGCAAUGCAAAUAUAAGUUUACUUAAUAGUAGUGCAAAUAAUUCCAAUACCGAUAUGCAUUGGCAGCAAAAGUUAGAAGCUGCUCAAAAUGUUCUGUUUUGUAAGGAAUUAUUUAGUCAAUUAGCACGAGAAGCUGUUCAUUUACGCGCGCCUAUACCUCAUAUGGUUGUUGGAAAUCAAAUUAUGGCUACGGUGCUCCCAGGAAUUCAAUUAAUAAUUGGUCUGUGUCAUAGCACAGGUAACGAUAAAAAGCCUACGGCUCCGCCACCACACAAAACAGAUCAUGAUCAUGUAUUAGAGCAUUCGUUGCAUCAACUGUUGCGCGAAGUACAUUACAACAAUAGUAAUCAUCCAUUUCCUCAUCCGGCCUCGGGGCCACUCGGGCCUAGUAAACGCCGAUACAUAGCCGGUCCCACUGCUGCCGACAGAUAUGAGCUUUUAGAAAUGACAAAGAGUCAAACUCUACUAGAGCAGAUUAUUCAACAAGCUCAACAUUUUUUCAUGCGUUUGCGCACGGAAUAUGUAUUAGAUACAAUAGCAAAGGAGGUUAAGGAUCCGCUCAUUGUUUCACAUUGGAACGCAUUAAAUUCGCCAACACAAUCCUGCGUAAAAAUAAACAUUCUGACACAUGGAUAUGACAGUGUAUGUCGAACAUCUAUGGUUGUUCAUGUCGGUGAAAAGUCACUAAAGUGCGUGUGUCGCGAUGGUAGAGUCAUGCAUAUGAGUUACGAGCCCCAAGAACUAAGAGAUCUCAUUUUCUGUCAGAUUUAUCAACAUCAAAUAAGCGCAGUACAAGCUUUAGCCAAAUGUAUGGGCUGGCAGUUCUUAGCAAACAGCUCACAUCUUGGCCUAGGUUCGGUGGAGCCUUUGGGAAAUGCAAGUAGUUGUAUUUUGGCUUCGCCAAUUGGAGAUAGAAUGAUAGCUGUACGAUGCGAACCGCAAACGGGUGUACAAGUUGCUAUUGCUCAUUCCCCUCGAAAGGAUUUCUUCCCAGGUCAACUUGUUCGAGAAAGAAAAUGGGAAAAUUUGGGAGGUUCUUUCAAAGAAGUCAGAUGGGACAAGAUGGAAGGAAAGAAUUUUCUCAACAAAAUGGAGCUACUUAUGGCUUCUUUAACAAGUUCUUAAGUACUAUUACAGACAAAUUACAAUUAAACUUUCGUAUAUUUUUUCUUUGGGAUAAAAGAGAUUUUCUAUAUUUUUCUAUACUUCUCAUUUUUUAAUUUAUUAAAAAUUAUAUGUAUUGCAGUUUUCUUCUAUAUAUAUGCGAUCAAGUAGAAAGCAUAAAUAGUGCGAAAUAAAAAAAACAUAAGAGCAAAAA